AUGAAGAUCUACACCGACAUUUUCUCCGGCGACGAGUUGUUGUCCGACGCUUACGACCUCAAGGAGGUCGACAAUGUCGUCUACGAGGCCGACUGUGCCAUGGUGCAGGUGUCCUCUGGCGGUGACGUCGACAUUGGUGCCAACGCCUCUGCCGAGGAGGCUGGCGAUGACUUGGAGGAGGGUGUUGAGACUGUCAACAACGUCGUGUACUCUUUCAGAUUGUCGCAGACCUCUUUCGACAAGAAGUCCUUCUUGACCUACAUCAAGGGCUACAUGAAGGCCGUCAAGGCCAAGUUGGCUGAGACCGACCCAGACCAGGUUGAGGUUUUCGAGAAGGGUGCCCAGGCCUACGUCAAGAAGGUCAUUGGCUCCUUCAAGGACUGGGACUUCUACACCGGUGAGUCCAUGGACCCAGAUGCCAUGAUUGUGUUGUUGAACUACCGUGAGGACGGCACCACCCCAUACGUGGUCAUCUGGAAGCACGGUGUCAAGGAGACCAAGAUCUAA